UGCUGCCGGCUCUAAAUGUUACAGGAAAAGGCAUGGAUUUAUCAACAUCUCUGCUGCUCCUAAGCGUCACAUUUAUUUUCACCUUUAGCAUAUGAACGCAUUAACUCCGAUUACCACGUUGAUAUUGAAAUUAAGACUCUGGACUGUGAGAGAUUAUUCGUUGAGUUUUAUUCUCAGGCUGACAGAUGGCAUGAAACAGAUGGGCGGAAAAUAGGACACGCAAAUACAACGAGACGAAGGCGUUUGUGCUUAUCGAGAGACGCAUAAAGACCGGGGAAUGAUGGUGGAUAACCGGCACGCCACAGCUCUGGUCAUCGCCGGGGUUUUAAGCGUCCUGGCGUCCGUGUAUCUGUCGGUGUCGGUCGGCUCGCCGCACUGGUACCAGUACACGAGCCCGCCGGUGCGCGCGGAGCCCAACGCCACGGAGCUGCGCGCGCUGCAGGAGGAGUUUCUGGAAGGAGAGUUUGACGAGAAAACCGUGAGCGACGCGCUGUUCCGCAUGAACGGGACGCUCGGACUGUGGUGGCGAUGCAUUCAGACGCCCGCUGACGCGCACUGGUACAGAGAACCCGAUCCAAAGAUGGUGAUGGAGUGUGUGAGUUUUACUCUCUCGCAGCAGUUCACUCCAAAAUACAAAGAGCCCGGAAAUCACAACAGUGGAGAAGAUCUGAUACGAUCCUAUCUGUGGCGGUGUCAGUUCCUGCUGCCGCUGGUUUCUCUGGGUCUGGUGGUUCUUGGUGGUUUGCUGGGGUUCUGCGCAUGUCUGUGUGGUAGUCUGACCCCUGCACUCUUUAUUGGGCUUCUACAUCUGCUCGCAGGCCUGUGUUCUCUGGCGACGGUGUGCUGUUUUCUGGCCGGGAUGGACCUUCUGCACCGUGUGUCUGUGUUGCCGGAUCACGUGGAUGGCACGCUGGGCUGGUCGCUGUAUCUGGCGCUCAUCGCGUCGCCGCUGCACAUGAUGGCCGCUGCACUGCUGGUGUGGGCGGCUCGCAGCCACAGUCAGAGCUACUACCGCAUGACUGUGUACAGAGUCGCUUAAAUCAUCAGAGCCACUCCAAUAGAAAAAAUCUCAAAUGAACAGUGACACUAAAUCUAUUGUACAUAAAUGUGGUCUGUGUGUUAAAAAAACCCGACAACUGCUAGUCAGAAAAACAAUCUUGUUCUGAGAAUGUCAGAUGCACUUUCAAGUAAUUUUAAUUCUGGAAAAACCUCUACAAGUGUGUGUGUGUGUGUGUGUGUGUGUGUGUGUGUGUUUGAAUCCAGAUGGGAAUUCAUGAUGAGAGGGUCCAAAAUUCACACUUUGCAACACCUACAGGGGGAUGAAAAGAGAAAAAAUGCACUGGCCAUAAACUGUAUUUUGCAUGAUUUUGGAUUGAUGUUUUGUUCCUGUGACAAUAGGAUAACCAUUUCUCUGAUGGCGAAUUGUGCACUGACGAAGACAUGACAGAUUCUUUAAGGGAAGUUUAUUUAAUAAAUAGCUUUUGGAUAGACUUUUAAACAUUUUUACUUAGACAUUUUUUAUAAAUUAAGUUCUUAACAUUAUCUGCAAACUGGUAAGUAAUUGUGUUUUUAGACGGGACGGCCUGUGUUUGGUGAGUGCUUUGGAGCCUGUUGCAGGUGUAGAGUGACUGUCACUGAUGUUUUUAUGCAUAACUAGUUGUGUGUAACUGAUAAAUAAACAGGAACAGAAUCUUAUCUAAACUCCAGCAACAGCACUCAAAACCAAGAACUGAAGAGUGUGUGUUUUAUAGUUUAACACUGAUAAACUUUCACUCCGCAUUUGUGGCGCAUGCAAUCUGUGAUUUCAGAUUUACACCGUAUUAGAAACGUCAAACAGCUUGACUUCUUGUGUUUUAGCUUUAGUGAAGUAAGACAAAAAGCCAGUAAUUAGUGUGCUGGUUUUAAAUGUAUUAAUGUUAUUUAUUAUUAUAAUUCAUAUUUAUAUAUUUAUUUCUGUACAGUACAUUUAUCUUCAAUAAUUGCUAACAAGUAACAUGUGUGAUGAUGUGUCCAUGCUUGUUGAUGUUGAUUCUGGUUCAUUAAUCAUACUAGAAAUGAAAGGUCAUGUGGGGUGCACUGCAUUAUGGGAUACAGUAUCUCAGGCAGUGCUCUGUUGUGUAACUGCACAUGUUGGUCAGUGUAGCUGGUGAUCUGGGUGUCCAUGCUUAUAAAACCAUCAUCUGUGCACUAUUUACAUAGUGGAUGUAUUCCGAAUAUCAGAUAGUUGGCUGUUUUUUAGACAUGCAGUGUUCCCUGGCAUCAGUAAUAAACUCAUCUUGAGCUCA